AUGUCAACAAACUCAAUCAAAUUACUAGCCAGUGAUGUCCACCGGGGCCUUGCGGAGUUGGUGUCCAAAAGAUUGGGUCUUCAAAUCACUCCUAGUGAAUUGAAACGAGAGUCUACAGGAGAGGUUCAGUUCUCCAUCGGGGAAUCUGUCAGAGAUGAGGACAUAUUCAUCAUCUGCCAAAUUGGAUCGGGAGUGGUCAAUGAUCGUGUCAUAGAGUUGAUGAUUAUGAUUAAUGCCUGCAAGACAGCUAGUGCCAGGAGAAUUACUGUGAUACUUCCCAAUUUCCCCUACGCUAGACAGGAUAGAAAAGACAAGUCGCGAGCACCAAUCACUGCUAAAUUAAUGGCAGAUAUGCUCACAACCGCCGGAUGUGACCACGUUAUUACUAUGGAUUUACAUGCGUCACAAAUACAAGGCUUUUUCGAUGUUCCGGUGGAUAAUUUGUAUGCCGAGCCUAGUGUUGUGAGGUAUAUUAAGGAGACAAUCGAUUAUAAAGAUGCGAUAAUAAUAUCACCAGAUGCUGGUGGUGCAAAGAGAGCAGCAGGUUUGGCAGAUAGACUUGAUUUGAAUUUCGCCUUAAUCCACAAGGAAAGAGCGAGAGCCAACGAAGUGUCACGAAUGGUUUUGGUAGGAGAUGUGACUAACAAAAUCUGUGUUAUUGUCGAUGAUAUGGCCGACACAUGUGGUACUUUGGCCAAGGCCGCGGAAGUUUUGCUAGAUAAUAACGCUAAGGAAGUCAUUGCCAUUGUAACACACGGUAUUUUAUCAGGGAAUGCUAUCAAAAAUAUAAACAACUCAAAGUUGAAAAAAGUGGUUUGUACAAAUACGGUACCAUUUGAAGAAAAGUUAAAGUUGUCCAGCAAGUUGGACACCAUUGACGUGUCUGCAGUUAUCGCAGAAGCAAUUAGAAGAUUACACAAUGGUGAAAGUAUCUCUUAUUUAUUCAAAAACGCUCCAUUAUGA